AUGUCCAACAACAAUCCUGUGCCUCCGGGUGGUUUAGCCAGACAGCAUCUGGAUUGUAUCGUUCAAGAACAGGCACGCUGUCACAGAAGAAUAAACAUGCCUGAUCUUCUUGCAUUCUUUUUCAAACGGCGUGUUGAGAUACGGCGCCCUGCUGAGGAAGAGCACGAAGAAGAUGUUACAGGCUUGUCCGACCAGCAUCGUCAGCAAGCGGAUGCCCUUGAACACGUAGCAAAUCCUGAGUUCAGCCUUUUUGGUCACAUUUACCCUGAAAUUCCCGGAACAGACUCGGACUCUUCCACAGAGAUCUUUCCUUUCGAAGAUGUUGCACAUGAAGAUGUUCCCGGUGAAACUGCUGCUGGGAAUGUUCCUUCAACAAACCUAACUGCCAUCACUGGGAGUGUUCCAAGUGGUGUAGCUACAGUGGCAGUCUCGAUCAACGAUAACUUGACUGCUUCUGACUCUAUUGCUGAAGCGAACGAAUGGCUAGUGUUUGACCCUGAGAAACCGGUAGAUCCCCUUGACACUGAAGGUUCCGAGUCCGGCAAGUGGGAAGACAUAGACAUGGCCAUGGAAAUCGACACUAGUGCACAUCAGGACGCAGUAUCCACUGGCAACAAGCGCACACCUAGCCCUCCCUCCCUCAAACUCCCACCUAAAAGACCGAUUUUCCCCCACGGAGAGCCUGAUCUUAGCGCACCCAUACCGUUUCCCCCAUACUGCGAGCCUGUCGAAGACGCAAUCGAGGUCGAACAAGCCUACGCUUACGCGCUCUCCAAAGUCGCAGACGAAAGCCUCCGCCUGGAAGAGAUGUCGUUCAGACACCCCAGCAUGAAUCCCUUCGCGGGUCACGGUCCCCACCCCAACACCUCUCCCAGUGUCAAUGCCGAAUUCAAUCAUCGUCAGGGUUCAGCUGGCUGGCCUAUAACUCCUGUCCGUCAUCGCACCAACUCGCGCUUCUUCACUAGUGGCAACACCCCCACUCGUGUCCCGUACGUGGCUCCGAACCCCUUGAGCAAGCCCAUCGUCGUGACUCAUUCCAUGCGCUCGAGCGAGAUCCUCGGCCAUGCAUCUUCUACUACUUCCGCGCAGCCUCUGCUCGCGGCGCAGCCAAGCGAUCUUGCCUCGAAGUACAAGAGAAUGACCCAGGAAACCGUUCGUCGUGGCCGUGUGUCUACCGCCGACAAGAAAAACAUGACCUUCAACGCGAUGACCGAGGUGCUUCUUGAUCCCGAAAUCAACGACGAGCUGAGAAGCAAGUUCAGCGCCCUGUCCAACGACGUGCUUCGCUUGGAACUCGACAUCUUCCAGAGUCCCGAACUCUCGACCGGCGCGUUCCUGGGUCCGCAGACAAUUGAGCAGAUCACUCCGGUCGCUCACGCUUUCAUCGAAUAUCUAGGAUUCCUAGAGCAGACUCUCCAGAAGGAGUCCCGUGAUGCCCUGGCCGUCAAAUCCAUCGUUGUCCAUGCUGCCGCUGAUAAGAAUGCUUCUCCUGAGAUGAGAUUUCGCGGCAUGAUCCGGCCCAUCUUGAGAAACCUGAAGCGUCCUCGCCCCGCCGAACACCGUCUCUUGCAGACCUUCAUCGACCUCUUCGACGCCUACGUGUACAGCGACUUUCUGAACAUCUACAACUACCAAGUCAUUCAUGACACCGUCCUGUACGACGAGCGCAUGAUAGUUUCCCGUCUCCUCAUAUCAACCUGGACUAUCCUGCAGCACACAGUGGACAACUACAUGGCCAUCAUGGUGGUCAAUGAUGAACUAAAGGCCCAGUUCAUCAGUCCCGCUAUGGGCACAGUCGCCAACCACCAGGCGAUCUGGGACGACGAGAACCUUCUCUACCAGCAGGAGGCAGAAGGGGGGGUCCGUUUGGGAAUGUAA